UCCGCAGGUGUCCCGGAGUUACCUCUGAUUGUCACGUUCUGUAUAUUUUCUUUUUACUGAGUCUGACUACAUCUACAAAAACCCGAUAAAGAAAAAAAAAUUUUUUUUUCCAAGUUAUCUGCACGUGGCAGGCACGUUUUCUUCCUCUCAGAGGCGUUUCUUUUGAGAAAAACCAUCAAAACGGAGUGGAACGAGGAAGACGGACAGCGACCCUCCCUCACUUCUGCAAUCAUGAUGUCGAUGAACAGCAAGCAGCCUUUCAGUAUGCACCCCAUCCUGCACGAACCCAAAUACACUCCUCUGCACUCCAGCUCCGAGGCCAUCCGCAGAGCCUGCCUUCCCACACCGUCGCUCCAGGGCAACAUCUUCGCCGGCUUUGAUGAGACGCUGCUGCAGAGAGCCGAGGCUCUGGCCGCCGUGGACAUCGUGGCACAGAAAAGUCACCCGUUCAAGCCAGACGCCACCUACCACACCAUGACCACAAUGACCAGCAUGACCUGCACCCCGACCUCCUCCUCCGCACACCUGCACCACCCUUCGGUGCUCACCUCCCACCAUCACCCGGCGCAUCACCAGCCGGCGCAGGGCCUGGAGGGCGACCUGCUGGACCACCUCACGCCCGGUAUUUCUCUCGGAGGAAUGCCCGGCUCAGACGUCUGUUCCACGGCCUCGCACACGGCUCACGCCCACAUGUCGGCCAUCAACCACAUGCAGCACCACCACCACCACCACCCGCAAUCCAUGAACAUGCACCCCCACGGACUGGGAUCCCACGCUUCCCUGGGGACCGCCGGCGCAGACGCGGAGCCUGAUCCCCGGGAGUUGGAGUCUUUUGCGGAAAGGUUCAAACAAAGGCGGAUCAAACUUGGGGUGACUCAGGCGGACGUGGGGGCUGCCCUGGCCAACCUUAAGAUCCCCGGGGUCGGGUGUCUUAGCCAGAGCACCAUCUGCAGGUUCGAGUCCCUGACGCUGUCGCACAACAACAUGGUUGCCCUGAAGCCGAUCCUGGAGGCCUGGCUGGAGGAGGCCGAGCGGGCACAGAGGGAGAAGAUGACCAAGCCGGAGCUCUUUAACGGGGGGGACAAAAAAAGGAAACGCACUUCUAUCGCUGCACCCGAGAAGCGCUCUCUGGAGGCUUAUUUCGCCGUGCAGCCGAGGCCCUCAUCCGAGAAGAUCGCCGCAAUCGCCGAGAAACUGGACCUGAAAAAGAACGUGGUCCGGGUUUGGUUUUGCAAUCAGAGGCAAAAGCAGAAACGAAUGAAGUUUUCUGCGACGCACUAAGGCCAGCGAAGCCGCGGGUCUCUGCCCCGUUUCCAAAAAGACAAACCAGAGACAAGCUGCUGCUGCUGCACCACACUGUCAGAAAAAUACAAGGUACACCGUCGUGCCUUUAUUACCUGGGCAGAUCCUGUCUGACAGCCACCCGGGCCCCAUAGGUGCGCGCUCAAUAAGAAAACAGUCAUCUCACAGAUCAUAUAGGUGCUCAUCAAAGUGUUACAGCAGACUACGGUCAUUGAAAAAAAAAAUCUCAUCAAAUGGUUUUUGCUUUACAUAAUUAAUAAAUGGUAUGGCAUUGAAAAUGCUACUUGUUUAUUUUACAGAAGAAAAAUCACGUUUUCUGACUAAAGAAUGGACGAAAUGCGCGUAUGUGUGUGUGUGCAUGCGUGAUUUUUCUUCGUUACAGUGGAGCAGAAUCCACAGCCGUGUGUCUGCAGAUAUGGAAACGACUUCACACAAAGUAUUCAGCGCAAAGAAAGCGCUCGACGGGGUCUUUCAGUAUUUUAGAUACACAUUUAGGUUUGGAUGUGAGACAGCUGGUGACUUGUUCUGUCAGUAUAAACCCGGACGUGUUCUAAUAAAUUCAGCCUCAUCCAUCCAGAAAAAAAAACGAAGUGGAUACAACGGUGUACCUGUUUUAUUCUGACAGUGGAGACGGAGCAUGGGGACUGGGAGAGAAAAUAAAAUUAACAAAAAAGACUGAGACCCUGUCCAAAAACUCGAGACUCUUAAAUCUUUAUGCUUCUCCACAAGAGGAGCCCAUUGCUCCCUUGAGAUGUGGGAGAAAGUGAUCAGCAUCGUAGGGGGAAAGAGGAGGGAACAAUGCUCCGUCCCGUUCAUUCACAAGGCAAUUAUUGUACAAAAAAUUAAGAAUAAUAAUGACGGGAAUCGAGGAAUAAUUAUUAUUAUCCUCAUUAGCCGGAAUAGCUUUUUAUAUUUAUCAGUGUACAUAUUUGUGAAUAUAUUGCACCUCUGUGUGUGUCGGGGGAAAAAAGCUCAUUUAAAUGUAUUGAUUUUUUUCGCUGUCUUUUCUCCCAGGUGUUUGUUUCUUUACGAAAUUCAAGAGGUUUUGGAGACGAGAUCCGACCAAACGCGUUAAAAGCGUCCUUUGGUCUGUGGCUAAUUUGUGAGGCGCAGUAACUCCUGUAAUCCGUUGCAUGGUUUACUCGUAAAAUAAAAGGGGGGAGGAGAAGGAGGACAUGGGUGUUUUCUUUGUGGCUCCAGAAGUAUGGAAACAAUCCGCCCCCCCCAAAGUGAAUGCAUUGCAAUAAGAAGAAACACACACACACACACGAACACGCGCACGAGUACACACAUUCACACGGUAUAGCUGUGUGUCUACCUCAUUACGCAAGUGUUGGCACGUUUAUGGUGAUUUAAAAACACACACACACACACAUAUAAACAACAACAAAAAAAAACUCUAGUAGGAUAAAAAAAAUUGGUUUGAUUUUAAUGUGAUUUUCUUUUAUUAUUUUCUUUGUUCCUCUGCCACUGGGUUGAUGGUGAAUUAGGCCUAGAAGACUCACUGAUGUGUAAACCUGUUGUAUGUUCAAGUUCACUGCAAUGAUGCUCUGACAAUCAAAUUAAUAUUGUUAUUAUUCAGAAGUGGUUGAUCCCCCCUCUUUGUGUCCUCAUGAAUUAUUAUUAUUAUUAUUAUUCGUGCACUGACACCUUUGUGGAGAGCACUUUGUACAGUAGACAUUCUGAUGAAGGGAACUGUCGGCCUUAUUUAUACAUAUUUUGUCAACGCUUCUGAGAAAACGUCAUUUAAUUAUUUAUUUAUUUUUUGCUUGUUUGUUUUAUUUUUUUCUCUUUGCAU